CAUGCAUCAUGGCGCUGCAUGCAGAGCUCUUGUGUUUGAGAGGAAUCUGAGGCUGAGGCGCUUUGCAGCAAAGGCUGGUUUCCGUGAGCUAGGGGGAAGUGCGGCAAUCCCUCCCCUUCCCACCUCUGGCUCUCGCUGUUAAGGUUGGGAUUUUCAUACCUUUUAAUGCAGCUCCUUUGGAGCUGGGAGAAUCCAUCUUCACAGUUGCGCAGCGCUGGCGGGCGGGAUGGAGUCGUUUCUGAACAUUACAGAGCACCUGCUCGACAAAAAGCUGGGCAGGAGCUCCGGACGAGGCCGGGACAGUCCCGGGUCAAAUGCGGGGUCAGCUUCUCGGAGAUACUCGAAUCAGAGUGACUUCCCAGACCAGCCAAGUCCCAGUUCGCAUGGCCACAGUAAAGAGGCCAACCCAGCCCUGAAGAAGAAGUUCCUUAAGCGGCUGGCGAUAGCCUUACAUGCGUAUGGCAACUCAAGCACGCGCACAGAGUACCUGGUCGAGAAGGCUAGCCGGCAGCUAAACGUGGCGGCCAGCGUCGCAGUCUUCCCCACCGUCAUUCUUCUCUCCUUCCAAUCAGAUGACCGGGAUCCGGCCAAACCUGAAACGCACCUUCUGACUGUUGAACCGGGCUUGAACGUUGACAAACUGGGGCGGGCCGAUGAGCUGGCUAACCGGGUGGGCAUGGAGCACAUGCCUCUGCUGGUCGGUUACUGGCGGCUACGGGCUAUUGCCACGGCCCCCCCGCAGUUCGGGGAGAUCAAGCGGCUCCUCAGCUUUGGCGUGGCGGGUUGUACAUCGGCCGUGCUCUUCUUCAAUGGCAACCUGUACAGCGGCGCCCUGGCGGCCCUCCUGGGCCUGGUCGCCGGGCUGUUCGACCUGGUCGCCUCGCGCAGUAACGUCUUCGCCAACGUGACCACGUUCCUCUCGGCGACCUGCGUGGCGCUCCUCUCGCGCCUGCUUGCGCUGUACCUGCCCGCGCGCUUCGACCUCUGCUUCUUCUCCAUGACGCUCGGCUCGCUCGUCUGGCUGCUCCCCGGGCUGUCGCUCACGGUCGGGGUCUCGGAGCUGACGUCAGGGGCCAAGGUGAGCGGGUCGGCCCGCGUGAUGGGCGCGCUGUUCGAGGCGCUCCAGUUGGGCUUCGGCAUGGAGACGGCGCAGGGCCUCGUCUGGUGGGCACCACGUGUCAAGCGCGCGUGCAACGCGGCCACGCAACCCGUCUGGCUGCAGCUUAUCCUGUUCCUGCUGUAUUCCGUUGCGUCCAACGCGCUGCUCCAGGCGCGGUGGGACCAGUGGCCCGGCAUGAUCCUGACCAGCGCCGUCGGCUUCUUCGUCUCGACCGCCGCGUCCGCCGUGUUUGCCGCCAACGUGCUGGCGUCCGUUGCGAUCGGGCUGACGGGAACCCUCUACUCGCGCUACUCCGGCCACCUGCCAGUGACCAUGACCCUAUCCGGCAUCCUGAUCCUAGUCCCGGGCGGGUUAGGCGUGCGGGGGAGCGCCGCGUUGUUGGAGCACGACCUGCUGAGCGGGGUGGGGUUCACCAUGGACAUGCUGGUCGUCAGUCUCAGCAUAACCCUGGGUCUGCUCAUCGCCAAGAUCGUCCUGCCUUCCGGGUUCUUCGGCUCCAGCCGUCUGCCCCACGAGGACCAGAUGUCUCUAGCGGCGCAGAUGGAGGACGACCGGGACGAGGGGACGGAGGGGGACGAGGAGGACAUGGCGAUAUGAGGACACGUGUACGGCUGAGAUGACGAGUGUGAGGACAACGAUUGCAGAGCGAGAUCAAGAGCGAUUGCGGCAAGCGCUGCGGCUUGCUGUGUUUGUUUUGAUAGGAACAGAACUGGACAGCCUGUAACAUGCGGGUCAAACCGACGCGAUAGAUUAGGCUGAAAGCAAAGCUUUCCGAGUUGACGGUGAGAGUUAGUCCAAAAUUGGGCGCAUGUACCAUGCAAUGCAUUUAAUCAAGCAAAUAGAAGAUUUCCACAUGCAUAGACGGCAACUUCUGCAGCAGCUUAGUGUCGAUUAGAAGCAUUGGAAGAGCCGUAAUGAUAGACCAUUAUAGCAACGGGUUAACCUCCCAGCGAGAUCGGAAGUAGGCGACUCAUCAAUGCGGCUCAACAGCACAGCGUUCAUGAGUUGAACCAGAGUCCCCGUGUAAUUUAGGCAUAGACGUCUUAGCUUCACCGCAUGUAUGAUUCUUCAAAGCAGAUGAGUAGCAGCAUAUCAAAGCGGAUUAGGUGAGUGAGAGUUCCUUUAGAAAGUCCUUAACCUGAAACUUGAGCCUGAGUGCGGACCGACGGUCAUGUCUGUGAUCAUUCG